AUGGCAGCGAUACGAAAGAAAUUAGUCAUUGUUGGUGACGGUGCAUGUGGAAAAACUUGUCUGCUCAUUGUGUUUAGCAAAGACCAAUUUCCUGAGGUCUAUGUGCCCACAGUUUUCGAGAAUUACGUCGCAGACAUAGAAGUUGACGGGAAGCAGGUCGAGUUGGCCUUAUGGGAUACAGCUGGUCAGGAAGAUUAUGAUCGUCUUCGUCCACUAUCAUAUCCCGAUACGGAUGUAAUCCUAAUGUGCUUCUCCAUCGACAGUUUGAGUAGUUCUUUGGAUUUGGGAAUUCAAUUCUUCUUUUUUUUUCUCACGUUUAUAGCACGGACAGUCGAGAUAAUAUCCUGGAGAAAUGGUAUUCCGAAGUCAAGCACUUCUGCCCCAACGUUCCUAUCAUCNCUAUCAUAUCCCGAUACGGAUGUAAUCCUAAUGUGCUUCUCCAUCGACAGCACGGACAGUCGAGAUAAUAUCCUGGAGAAAUGGUAUUCCGAAGUCAAGCACUUCUGCCCCAACGUUCCUAUCAUCCUCGUAGGGAACAAAAAGGACCUGCGGAACGAUGAGCGUGCCCGACACGAGUUAGCCAAAAUGCGUCAGGAAAUGGUGAAACCGGAAGAGGGACGUCUAAUGGCUGAACGAAUUAAUGCUUAUGCAUACCUGGAAUGCUCAGCAAAGACGAAAGAAGGCGUUCGCGAGGUAUUCGAAACCGCUACCCGGGCCGCUCUGUCUACGAAGCGCAAAGGAAAGAAACCGUGCGAACUGUUGUAG